ACCCCCCCACCCCCAAAAAACCCAAACAGACUUGUGGAAUAGAUUUUUCUCUGUAAUUAUUUUCCUCUUGUAAUGGCGAGAAUAUCAAAUCCUCUUGUAACUGGAAGAGUUAUAAGAGAUGUUAUUGAUGAUUUCUCCCCAACAGUUCAAAUGUCUGUCACUUACAACUCCAAAAAGCAUGUCUACAAUGGCCAUGAGUUGUUUCCUUCCACAGUGAGCUUUAAACCUAAGGUUGAGGUUCAUGGAGGUGAUAUGAGAUCAUUCUUCACUCUGAUUAUGAUAGACCCUGACGUUCCGGGUCCUAGUGAUCCCUUCCUUAGGGAACACUUACACUGGAUAGUUACAGACAUUCCAGGCACAACUGAUUCCUCAUUCGGAAGAGAAGUGGUGAGCUAUGAAAUGCCAAAGCCGAACAUAGGGAUUCACAGGUUUGUAUUUGUUCUCUUCAAGCAGAAAAAAAGGCAGACAAUGGAUGCACCACUUUCCAGGGAUAAAUUCAACACCAGAAAAUUUGCAGAAGAAAAUGAACUUGGCCUUCCUGUGGCUGCUGUGUUCUUCAACUGUCAGAGGGAAACAGCUGCAAGAAGACGCUGAAAAUAUGCAGAAAAUAAUAAGAGGUCUGCCUGUACUGCGUAGGUUGACUGUUAUCUGGAAUUGCUAAUAAUUAAUCCACUGCUUCUUCAUCAAAAGUCCUCGUAUCCGAGUACAACAAUCAACUUGUAAUAGUAACUGUUCCAAAAUUUAUAAUGUUGCUUUUGUUAUUAUCCACUAAUGUUUGAUGAUAAAGAGAAAAAAGAAAAAUUGUAUACAUUAUAUGAAUUG